ACAUAACAAUCGCUGCCAGCUCACAGGGACAGAGGCAGAAACAGGGAAAGCUCAGUCCACGCUGCAGGUGCAGGAAGCAGGUAACAACCUUGAGUUACUCUAUCAAAUUUCAAGGCUUGGAGUUCCCAGAUUUCCCAAGAAGACAGUGAUAGAGGCCACAACCAAAGGCUCAUCUCAAGUUACCAACUCUGCAGACUGUUUAAAUUACAGGAAGAAGCAGCUUUAAGAGAAAGAUUGAAGCAAAAUGACAGCUUCUCAAUUUGACUGUCAAUACUGCUCAGUAUCACUUCUUGGGAAGAAAUUUAUGCUGAAGGAUGGCAAUCCAUACUGCCUCAAAUGUUAUGAUCGCGUCUUUUGUAACUAUUGUGAGGAGUGCAAAGAAGCAAUUGAAUCAGGUUCCAAGGAUCUUUGUUACAAAGGCCGGCACUGGCAUGAAAUAUGCUUCAACUGUGCCAAAUGCAAUCACUCUUUGGUGGAAAAGCCUUUUGCUGCCAAGGAUGAGCGCCUGCUAUGCUCGGAGUGCUAUUCUAAUGAGUGCUCCUCCAAGUGCUUCCACUGCAAGAAGACCAUCAUGCCUGGUUCCCGCAAAAUGGAAUUUAAGGGAAACUACUGGCAUGAAACCUGUUUUGUGUGUGAGCAUUGCCGACAGCCAAUAGGAACUAAACCUUUGAUUUCCAAAGAGAGUGGCAAUUACUGUGUGCGGUGUUUUCAGAAGGAGUUUGCUCACUACUGCAACUUUUGUAAGAAGGUGAUAACUUCAGGUUGGAUAACAUUUCAUGACCAGCCAUGGCAUAAAGAGUGUUUUCUGUGUAGCGGCUGCAGGAAAGAGCUCUGUGAUGAAGAGUUUAUGUCCAGAGAUGAUUAUCCAUUCUGCUUGGACUGCUACAACCAUCUUUAUGCCAAAAAGUGUGUAGCCUGCGCCAAACCCAUUACUGGUCUCAGAGGUGCCAAGUUUAUCUGCUUUCAAGACCGUCAGUGGCACAGCGAAUGCUUUAACUGUGGGAAGUGCUCAGUCUCCUUGGUGGGAGAAGGCUUCCUGACCCAGGACAAGGAAAUCUUCUGCCGCAAAUGUGGCUCCGGGGUGGAGACUGACAUCUAGAUGGGCACGGUCCUUCCCUACCUAACAUCCACCUUGCUUUUGUUCUCACUAAAUCCGGAACUUGGUUGAAGUCAUA